UCAGAGUGCUGCAGAUAGGGUGCUGCCAACACAUGCGGCGCGUCUGCAGGUGAGGAGGGAACAAGAACGAGGCUGAAUGUGGUUGGACACGCACUGAGGAGGAAUUCAACCAAAACGUUCCCUUAAAGAAAAAAAAGAAAAAUAAUAAUAAGAAGCUGCAUCGGAUAUAUAAUUGUUUUGAUUUUUCUUCCCUUUGCAUUGUGGAGUUGCAAAAAAAAGGAAGAGAGAACUGCGCUGUCUUUGCAAGUGACUUGGAGGAAAAGAAGAGAGCAGCAAACCGGACAGGUAAUUUUGGCUUCAUAUUAUUCACAUCCUCGAGAUAUCGGAGAGUUUUGGAAACUGCGCGGGCAUUUAAAUGGACAUAUAUCGUCGGACUGAGGAAUAUUUGCAGCCUCACCAUCCAAAAAAAAAGAGGAGAUUCUAACCACAGACUGUGAGCACUUUCUGCUGAUAUGAUGCUCGGACUAUAACAUUUUUUUUGGCUUUUACGCGCAUGAAAUCCAAAGAUCUGUGGGAGCGCACUGAGGUGAGUUGUUGAUAUCAUUGCGCCUUUUUUUUUUUUUUUACUAUAUAACAAGGAAAGUAACAUCCAGUGCUGGAGGAAGGAAGGAAGGAAGGAAAAAAAAGCCCAGAGCAGAGCAGAGCAGAGAGAGCUCCGUGCACUUGCUGCUUUUGCACUGCAGCAGCAGCAGCAGGAGCGAUGUAGGAAGGCGUCCGGAGGAUGAAAUGAAGUCUCCCGGAUGAUGAAGUCUCCGAUUAUGAAAUUUUCUUCGCACAUUUUUUGGACUCUCCAGUAAGUGAUUAACAUUUUUUUUUUUUUUUUGGGACAUUUUUAAAAAAAAAAAAAAAAAUUUAAAGUGGACAUUUUUUUUUUUUUAUCCAAGAAGGAGAGAACAAUGAGGACUACUGGUGGUGCAGUGGACUAUUUGUACUAUUGCAUGCUCAUCCUGCAGCUGGUGCAUCAGCCCGCCGCCAAGCAAGUGCUCAGGUACCGCUUGGCUGAGGAGGGACCCGCCGAUGUCCGGGUGGGCAACGUGGCCGGCGACCUGGGCAUCGUCGCCGGCUCCGGCGAGGUGACAUUCACGCUGGAGUCGGGCUCCGAUUUCUUCAAAAUAGACAACAUCACAGGUGAGCUCACCACCAAUGAGAGGCGCAUAGACCGCGAGAAACUGCAGCAGUGCCAGAUGAUAUUCGAUGAGAAUGAGUGUUUUAUAGAUUUUGAAGUGUCAGUGAUAGGUCCAGCUCAGAGCUGGGUCGACCUCUUUGAGGGGAAAGUCAUCAUAUUAGAUAUAAAUGACAACACCCCUUCUUUCCCAUCCCCUGUCCUGACCCUGUCUGUGGAGGAGAACAGACCAAUUGGUACUCUUUACCUGCUGCCCACAGCCACAGACAGAGACUUUGGCAGAAAUGGAAUAGAGCGAUAUGAGCUCAUCCAGGACAAUGGGGAGAACCUCAGGCGCUUGGGCUCCAAUGGGGAUUCGUUCUCCGGGAAGAGGAGGUUCGAGGAAGGGGCGAGCAGGAGCAGCGUCUUUGAAUUGCAAGUUGCUGACACCACUGAUGGAGAGAAGCAGCCCCAGCUCAUUAUUAAAGGGGCCCUUGAUAGGGAACAGAGGGACUCCUAUGAGCUCACGCUUCGCGUCCGGGAUGGAGGAGAUCCCCCUCGCUCCUCCCAGGCCAUUCUCAGGGUGAUGAUCACCGAUGUGAAUGACAACAGCCCUCGCUUCGAGAAGAGUGUGUACGAGGCCGACCUGCCGGAGAACAGCUCCCCCGGCGCCCCCAUACUGCAGCUGAAGGCGGCCGACGCAGACGUGGGGGUUAACGGUCAAAUCGAGUAUGUGUUCGGGGCGGCCACGGAGUCGGUGAGAAGGCUGCUGAGGUUGGACGAGAGCACGGGGUGGCUGAGUGUGUUGCACCGCAUCGACCGCGAGGAAGUGAGCCAACUGAGGUUCACGGUAAUGGCCCGUGACCGAGGCCAGCCACCCAAAAUGGACAAGGCCACUGUGGUGUUGAACAUCAAGGAUGAGAAUGACAACGUCCCUGCUAUUGAGAUAAGGAAAAUUGGACGCAUUUUCUUGAAAGAUGGCAUAGCCAACGUGGCAGAGGACGUGGUGGUGGACACACCCAUCGCCUUGGUUCAGGUGUCGGACCGCGACCAGGGGGAGAAUGGCAUUGUGACAUGCACAGUGGUGGGGGAUGUUCCCUUUCAGCUCAAACCGGCCAGCGAGAUGGAGGGCGAGCAGAAUAAAAAGAAGUAUUUCCUGCACACGUCUGCGCCGCUGGACUAUGAGGCCCAGCAGGAAUACAAUGUGGUCAUAGUGGCUGUGGACUCUGGAAGCCCCAGUCUGGCGAGCAACAACUCUCUUAUCGUCAAAGUGGGCGACACCAACGACAACCCUCCUAUCUUCAGCCAGAAUGUAGUAACGGUGUCGUUUCCGGAAAACAAUGCCCCCGGCGAGAGGGUGACAACGGUGGCAGCCAUCGACGCAGACAGUGGGAAGAAUGCUGAAAUAGCCUAUUCCCUAGACUCAUCGGUAAAUGGGAUUUUCUCUAUCGAUGCAGACAGUGGAGACAUCCGAGUAAACGCCAUUCUGGAUAGAGAGCAAACGGAGCGCUAUGAAUUCAAAGUGAUAGCCAAAGAUAAGGGCGGAAGCACUCUACAGGGCUCUGCAACAGUAGUCGUCCUCGUGGCGGACAAGAACGACAACGAACCAAAGUUCAUGCAGGAUGUGUUCACCUUCUACGUCAAAGAGAACCUUGAGCCAAACAGCCCCGUUGGCAUGGUCACGGUCAUUGAUGCAGAUAAAGGCCAAAAUGCAGAGAUGAGUCUUUUCAUCGAGGAAGAGGAGGAAAUCUUUUCUAUCGAGAACGACACUGGGACUAUUUUCUCCACCCUGUCCUUCGACAGGGAGCAGAAAACCACAUACACGUUCCGCGUCAAGGCCGUGGACGGCGGCGAUCCACCCAGAUCUGCCACCGCCACGGUUUCUCUCUUUGUCAUGGAUGAAAAUGACAACGCACCAACUGUCACUUUCCCAAUAAACAGCUCCUACACCCUCCUCCCCCCAUCCAGUAACAUCAGAACAGUAGUCAGAACGGUCAUAGCCACCGAUACCGACACCGGCAUCAACGCAGACCUGACCUACAGCAUCAUUGGGGGGAACCCCUUCAGGCUGUUUGAGAUCGAUGGGGGCACCGGGGUCAUUUCGCUGGUGGGGAAGUUGGAGCUGAAGCACUACGGCCUCCACAGACUAGUGGUCCAGGUGAACGACAGUGGCCAGCCUUCACAGAGCACCACCACGCUAGUUCACGUGUACGUUAACGAGACACUGUCCAAUUCCACAGUUGUGGACACCCAGGUGGCUAAGAGCCUGAGCACGUCCCUCAACACCAACAUUGCUGGCGACCCCAACUACGAUCUAAGCAAACAGCGGCUAAGCAUUGUAAUCGGAGUAGUUUCGGGCAUCAUGACGGUCAUCCUCAUUAUCUUAAUCGUCGUCAUGGCCCGUUACUGCCGCCCAAAGAACAAGAAUGGCUACGAGGCCGGCAAGAAGGACCACGAAGACUUCUUCACGCCGCAGCAGCACGACAAGUCAAAGAAGCCCAAGAAAGAUAAGAAGAAGCAGAAGUCCAAACAGCCCCUCUACAGCAGCAUCGUCACCGUAGAGGCCUCCAAACCCAACGGGCAGCGCUACGACGGCGUCAACGAGAAGCUGUCGGACAGUCCCGGCAUGGGCCGCUACCGUUCGGUCAACGGAGGGCCGGGCAGCCCAGAUCUGGCACGGCACUACAAGUCCAGUUCGCCGCUUCCUACUGUCCAGCUUCACCCGCAGUCGCCGACAGCUGGAAAAAAGCACCAGGCAGUUCAGGACCUGCCCCCUGCCAACACCUUUGUUGGCACCGGAGAUAACAUAUCCCUUGGAUCUGACCACUGCUCUGAAUACAGCAGUCAAACUAUCAACAAGUACAACAAACAGCCGUUUCGCCGAGUGACCUUCUCGGUGGUGAGCCAGCCCCAGGACCCUCACCAGCAGGGAUCGCUGCAGAGCUGCUACGACAGCGGACUGGACGAGUCGGAGACGCCCAGCAGCAAGAGUUCGUCGGGCCCCCGGCUGGGCGCCCUACCCCUACCGGAGGACAGCUACGAGAGGACAACGCCGGAUGGCAGUGUCGGUGAGGCAGAGCACAUGGAAAAUGACUCCCGGCCCUUGCCUGACGUAGCCAUGACUGGCAAGUGCACCCGGGAAUGCGACGAGUACGGCCACUCGGACUCCUGCUGGAUGCCUGUGCGCACGUCGCCCGAGCGACGGCCAUCCAAGUCCACCACCACCCCCCAACAACCAAAGCUUUCCACUUUCAUGAGCGGCAGCGGCGGCGGCAGCAGCAGCAGCAGCAGCGGCAGCAGCGGCGCCGAGCAGCCCGGCAGCCAAGAGACCCUCGCCAUGGCCGCAAUGGCCAACGGAGACCCCAACGCCGCUCACAUGAUGGGCGACCGCAAUCGCAACCUGCUCAACAAGAAGAUGGCUUCCUCCUCUUCCUCCUACGAGGCCUUUGGCUCGCCUUCCUACGGCUCGCCGGGAAGCGGGGAGGAGGCGCUGGGCCACCCAACCGAGGAGAUCCCUCUGGCGCCCACCGGGGAGUACAAGCCCACAUCCUGCGGUACUCUGACGCGGCGGGAGGUGUACCUGUGAGCGUAUGGCAUUCAAAACACAACACUAAAGUGUAGCUGCUUACCCACCACCGUUACAGCUCUAGAAGCUUUUUUAGCCGCCCUUGUUCCCGCAAGGUAGGACUAAACUUUCUCCAAAGACUUUUACGACAGCUCCUUAAUGAAACGUGGAUAUAUAAACACACAUUUUUUUAAAGUGCUAAUUUCCGGCCAUGACCUGGAAGAAAAAGGAGGAGGAGGAAGAACUGUUGAGGGGCAUUGACGGGACUUGGGAACGAGGCUGCUCUUACUGGCGAGUCGGGCUCUUGGGACAUGAUCUGCUGCUUGACAGUCAACCUGUACAAUAAUCAUUUUACAUAAUACAGUACAUGCAUGCAUUACCCCCCCCACACACCAACACGUUCCCCCAUGAAGACCCCAUUCCCUGAAGAUGACACUGUACAAAAGAGACUAUUUCUUUUUGUGUUUUUUUUCUAGAAACAAAAGCUGUACAUGUGGACUAUUUUGACUUCAAAGUGUGUCUGGUUAUGCCUUUUUUUUAUUUCAGAACACUGCUCUGGCCGUGAUGUUCAGUGGCUGCAACAAUAUAUUGGACAUAAUGGUCUUUUAUUCAGACUGUACUGAGCUGUCUAUGGAUUCUGUUUGUGAUAAAAAGUUGCUCAAUGGCAGACCAAAACAUAACCGUGUUUCAAAUCUUAUAAGGACGGGAAGCUUUAAAAACCCAGAAAACAACACUUGUGUCAGUCCUCUCUUGGAAUGGACAGACAUGGGAGCCAAUGGGAAUUUGCUGCAACAGUUUUCAGACUACAACGCCGCUGGUAUGACGAACAAAACGAUGACUGAUUCUACCAGUGUUGGCACGCUCUUCACAUCUUCAUUGUACAUAAACAUCGGACCACAGCAACGACGCUAACCGCUCUCAUUUUCCCCUUUUUGUCUUGCUACCUUCCCUCAGUCUCUCGUUCUUUGUCUUCGAUUGGCGAGGUUGAGACCAAAAUCCCUCUUUUACGAGAUGCAAAAUUUUAGAGCCAUGAUCUAUCGGCUGGAAAAAGCAUGUGUGUACGUGGUCAUGCCUAUUCGGAAAUCACCUCAGUGGGAUGCUACUGUUUAUAUCGAGUUGUAAAACCCUGUUUUUUCGCAAUCACAUAUACAGACACAUACACACACAAGCAGAUGAAUUUAACUGAGGCCAGUGGACUGAAAAUCCUGGGUAAGCACAGCGUGGCAUGCCGAGAUUCAAAUUACCAAGAUGCAAUUGAAAUUAUGUGUGUGUUUGGGCCCGAUAUGCAGUAUAUAGUGUGUGUUUGUAAGCUAUAUUUAGUGUAUACUGUAGAUGUACACCGAUAAUAGGCUUAGGGGGGCGCAAACAUGGCCGAGCUGAUCCUGAAACAGCUGCAAGGACAGCUUUUUACUGUUAUUUCUUUCUUGUUGUGUGAUAGACUGAGCAAUAAAUAUCAUAAUGUACACGUGACCAACGAGCAUCAACUCCUUUUUCACUUCAAAGGUGACAUUAACCCAACACUUGGCUGUCCAAAAGUCCUUUUUUAGCACUAGUAGAUGUCGCUUUCCAUACAAUAGUACGCAGUAAUGACAUCUUUGAGCACGAAUGUAAGAAUCAGCUCAAUGGAAGAACAAUCAAAACGUCUCCGCAUGAGGUUUUUUUGGGAUUACAGGCUGAGAAAAAGAUGGCGUUCAAAAGUGAAACCAAAGCUUCGCAAACAGGAUGAAGCAUUCCCCCAUUACACACACACAAAAAUAGCUUUUUUUUUUAGGAGAACUUUGCUUUAAGUACACAUUACAUGAAGGAUUUUCUUUUCACAUGAAGGAUUGAGAUGUCUCGACAAAACAUCCCGACGCUUAUAACGACCACUCACACACACAGACACAUGACAAUGUUGAGAUGUUGUGCCUCCCCGUCUACAGUGAUGUUCCUUUUUUUUCGCAGCUGCAGAGGCGCAAAAUCUCAUGACUGUAAUAAAAAGCAAAAGAAUAUCAGAUGCAAUGGAACCUUUUUUGUAUGUUAGCAAAAAACCCCUUUGGUUUGAACCCGGAGCUGCUUUUUUUCUGCAUUCCGGCAAUCUAUAGUCUGUAAGUACUACUCGUUGGAAAGAAAGUGCUCCUAUACUUAUCAACUGUAUACAUAAAUAUUUACUUUUUACUUGCACGUUUAAUGGGAACUUACUUCACUUACUGAGAAGGAAGGCGGAAAAAAAAACUGUAAAACAAAAUGUACAAAAAAAUGUUUUUCCCUGUAAACAUGGAAAUCCACCUUGUUGCUUGCUUUUGUUAUACCUAAAGAAACAUGUAGUACAACUUAGUACAUCCAUUCAAACCACGCUGUUGUUUUUGAUUUUUCUUCAUCGUCUCUUUCAUAUGUUUAACUUUAUACCACGAGAUUUGCGUUUUUUUUUUUAUAUCUUCAUCUUGUAUUUUUUUACAUUGUAAUCCCGUACGUUUUAUUUGUCACACUUUUAACAGUCAAAAGCCGUGAAAAUGAUCAUGACAAUGUACUAUGUGUUUUUUCUUUAUCCGGUGCCACUUUGUAUAUUUAGAGUGCUUCUGAAAAAAGUAAAAAAACAAAACAAAAAAAAACACUAGAGUGAAUGCAAAUAUGCAAUUGUGCCUUUUUAUACCGAUUGGUAUGAUUAAAUGUUGGUUUGGAAUGGUGCAUAAACAAUUAACAUGCUUACAGAAAUAGAUGGGGGUGGCAUUUAAGAACGGACUGAAAUACAUUUGCAUAUCUUAGAUGAAAUCCCAUGAUGUCAAAGGCUUCUUGGAGGACAACCGGUCAAAAUGUCAGUGUAGGUCUAAUACUCAAAUGGCUAUUGUCCGCUGGGUUCAAUUAUCUUGUUCCAUUCCUAGCAUAUAGUGCAUUACCGAAUGGGUACAUUCAAAAGUUGCUUGUUGGUAGUAAUAAUAAUGAUAUAAUGGAUUUUUUUUGUCGUGUUCCACUCAUGUACAUGUAUGACAUCAGAGGUCAAGUAACCUUUUUUGUGCAUGAAACAAGCUCUAGGACUGAAUAUAGAAGCGUAGAAAGAUGCAGGGGGGGUUAAAAACAGAAAAAAAAAAUGCUUGGAGACAUUUGACUGCUCGGAGUUGAGGGAGCCUGGAGAUAAAAAUGCUAAUGUGACGGUUUACUAGGAGGAGUGGAAGUGGAGGAGGGGGUGAAAAAAGCUGCAGGGGAGAGUAGCUGACAGAACACACACCUCGGGAUGCGCCGAGCGAAACACAACGCCCGUGCGCGGAUUUACAGUGUAUGCAUAUCAGUAGGUGAUGAAACCCUGUCCUACAAAUAAGCGCGGUAUGAUGUUUGCUGUGAUACCGCGAGGUGAUGCUUUGAAUUCUACAUCAGAUGGAAACAAAGACGCUGUAGUGUGAACCUCAGACAAAAAAAAAAAGAGUAGACAUGAAAGAAAAAAAAUGUGGCAACUACACUGAAUACUCUUUCCUGAGUUUCUUUUUUUCUGAUACUCACUGAGGUGUUACAGAAUUUUUUUUUUUUUCUUAAGAUUCGACAGAGAACAGGAAGUACCUGCCAUCGAAAAUGUUUGUAUCUCGCCGCCCGAGGUGUGUGUUCAAGUCUGUGCUCUCUCUCUUCUACUCGUAUAGCCUUCACAAGUGUGUAAUGAGAUUUGUAAUAUUAACCAUUACUAUUUGUCCUGCGACUUGGAUGUUGAUAUAGAAAUUGAGGAACAAAAAUUUAUCAUCGUUUUAAUAUGAGUCACUAUGCACGCAGCUUAGCUGAACAUGGCAAAGUGUAUUGAACGCAAGUCCACUUCUAUUUAUGAGAUAUUUUACAUAAUUUAAUUUGCUUUUGUACAGGUUUGUGUAAAUAAAUUGCUUGUCAUUUUUGUCUCUGCAGAAAUUAAAAUAUAACAUGGUAAAACAAGUC